UUCCUCCCCUUGAGAGUUAGUAGAGGAAGCAAGAGAGGAUUUACCUGCUCGGGUUGAGUUGACUUCAUUUGACUUGGGUUGUUUUUAUUUUUACCCCCCUCCUCCUUUUAAAUUAUUGUUAUUAUUAUUAUUCUUCUUAUUAUUAAAAUAACCAUCCUGCCUCAGAAGAAAGGAAACUUUUUUGGCAAGUCUGGUUAAAAAACAAAACAAACAAACAAAACACAAACAGAAAGACAACUUUUCAUCAAUGGCCUCUUUUGGAUAUUUCCUGUUUCUUUGUGGGUUGAGUCAGGCUCUGUCAAGUUACCCAAUCUGGUGGUCCUUAGCAAUUGGUCACCAGUAUUCCUCCCUGGGGACUCAGCCCAUCCUCUGUGGGAGCAUCCCAGGACUGGUACCUAAGCAGCUCCGCUUCUGUCGGAACUACGUGGAGAUCAUGCCCAGUGUAGCAGAAGGAGUAAAGAUUGGGAUCCAGGAAUGCCAACACCAAUUUCGAGGCAGGAGGUGGAACUGCACAACAGUCAAUGACAGUUUAGCCAUCUUUGGGCCUGUGCUGGAUAAAGCUACCAGGGAAUCAGCCUUUGUCCACGCCAUUGCCUCUGCCGGAGUGGCUUUCGCCGUGACCAGAUCCUGCGCCGAGGGCUCGGCCACCAUCUGCGGCUGUGACACCCGCCACAAAGGCUCCCCCGGGGAAGGCUGGAAGUGGGGGGGAUGCAGCGAGGACGUGGAGUUUGGGAGCAUGGUGUCUCGGGAGUUUGCAGAUGCCCGAGAGAACAGACCAGACGCUCGGUCAGCCAUGAACAGGCACAACAACGAAGCUGGAAGGACCUCUAUCAUUGAGCUCAUGCACCUGAAGUGCAAAUGCCACGGCCUCUCAGGCAGCUGCGAAGUGAAGACCUGCUGGUGGUCUCAGCCAGACUUCAGGGUCAUCGGCGACUACCUCAAGGACAAGUACGACAGUGCUUCUGAAAUGGUGGUGGAGAAGCACCGGGAAUCCCGUGGCUGGGUCGAGACCCUCAGGCCUAAAUACAACUUCUUCAAGGCUCCAACUGAGAAAGACCUGGUUUACUACGAGAACUCACCGAACUUUUGCGAGCCCAACCCCGAGACGGGUUCCUUUGGGACCCGCGACAGGAUCUGUAACGUCACUUCCCACGGGAUCGACGGCUGCGACCUUUUGUGCUGCGGCCGCGGCCACAACACGAGGACUGAGAAAAGGAAAGAGAAGUGCCACUGUAUCUUCCACUGGUGCUGCUACGUCCGCUGCCAGGAGUGCAUACGAGUCUACGACGUCCACACGUGCAAGUAAAAGCAGACAAACCCCCCCUCUCCUCCCUCCCUCCCUCGGGCUGCUCUGAUUUCCAGCCUAUUUCCUCCGAGGAUGCAGAUGUGAGAGAAGUCUACGUGUUUGAUGUUAAAAUAAGGAUUUUAAAACUUUACAAAAAAGGAAAAAAAACAAAAAAAAAGAGGCUAAAACUGGUUGGCUAGAAUAGGUCUGAUGACUUCUGGGCUAUGCCGAGGUACAUCUGGCAGUCACACAAGUUACGCCCCGGCGGUGUCUCACCAGCGCCUUUUCGACACAGAGCUGGAAAGAAGAGCGUUGGCAAAAGCAUGGAUUUGCUCUGCUCUCACCCACCUCAAAUGACUCGUGUGAUUAAGUGUCCUCUGAAAGACUUAUGUCUUCCUAUCUCCUUUUCCCUCAGCCAGGCAGAGGCUGUGCUGGACAGCAGCACCAAGCUUUCUCAGAUCUAUCCACAAACCCGAGCGGUCGGACUCUGUGCACAAGACGAGCAACGACAACAGCAGCUGAAGAGAUAAAAGCAGAGAAAAAUGAGGAUUUUAUUAAAGGAAAAUAAUGCAAAUACUCCUUUGCUUUUGCCCUGGAACCAGAGAAGUCUACAAAUAUACACUAGAGCUGUAGGGUGGGCCAGGCUCUUCACGUGAGCUUUUUAGCGUAAUAGCUUCUGCCAGAUUUGACAUAGGAUCUGGUGACACCUCGUAGAGAGGGAGGGAGGAAGGGAGAAGGAGAGCGAGAGGAAGAGAGAGAACUGAUGAUGGUUUCCUGCAAGAUGCCCUGCAAAAUGCACACAGGUGAUGUGCACAGCAUGGAAAAGUUCAGUGCCUGGUAUGUGAAGAGGACUCGGUGUGUGCGUUGAGAAGGAGCCAGUCCCAGGAACGGAGACGUUGCUCCAGCUGUGGCUCAGCCAACGAGUCGUCCUUGGAAACGUGGGGUGCAGAGCGAGUCUCCUGGGGUUGAAACACUUGCUGCUGGGUGCAGGACUGCCGUCUCCUCAGCAUCACAGCUCCUUCCUGUGGAGGAGGAGAGGGAAAGUGUUUGUCCCUGACACCUCAUUAGAGAAUGCCAUCAGCAACAGUGGAAAGAGCACUUAGUCCAUCUGCUCUCUACACCUCAUGCAGGCUUCCCCCUGGGCACUUAAGCCUUAGACCACAAGUCUGUCUGGAACAUGACUCUGAAGGACUGCUUGUCACCAAUUAACUUAUAUCUACUGAACCAACCCACCACCGCCACCAUCUCUCACACGCUGGAACAGUUUCAGACUCGAGCCAGAUCUUGUUCCACAUCCAAUUUCUACAGCUAUUCCCUUCUCUAAAAGUGGCACAGAUUGAAAUGCACAAAACCCAGGCUCUGAACCAGCCCAGAGUCUGGGCAAGGUUGGACACGGAGCCAAAUCCCAACUGCAGCACUGGCCCAUCUCUGCUGUUCUCUUCUCACUCCUCGCUUUUGCAGGCUGCUCUACUUCUGAUUUCAGAUCAGGAUUGCCAGUUAAUGAAACAGCUCUCACCUCCACUGUGGGCAUCAGGGCUUCCUUCAGCCGUGAGGAUAUCAGGCAUGAACCUCAGCCUGUCACCUUGGUAUUUACUGCUCUGUAGCUCUUAUUCCUGAUCGAUACUGGCAUAAAGGAGUGGUAAAUCAAGCACAGAGUUGUAGCCUCUUUAUCCUCACAUGCACUUGUCUUGUGUCCUCUUUGCUUUGCCCACGCCUUUGGGUUCCUUCCUAUCUUGGGAAGCAAUAGAUUGUCAUUGUUUCUUCCCUUCGAGUACAAGAAGGGAAACAAGGUGUGAUCUAAGUCACAGUGACCCAUAGGAGCCUUUUCAUGGAUGUCCACACCUGGACAUAUCUGGAGAGAAAUCAGAGUGCUCUUCUCUCCCUGCGUGUCAGCUUAUUCCCAGGAACCAAAGGAGAGAGCAUGCAGAAGAGGCAGGGAACAAGCAGAGCUUAAUCCCAUCAGAGAGAAAGCAGAAGGAAACGAUGCCUCCGAGGGCUGACUCUGAGUCACGGCGUCUCCUGGGAUUACUCCUAGGCUGGUGUAGUUUAUGCAUCAUCCAUUUGUCUCAGGGCUGUACCCAAGGGCACAAGCAAGCUUUGCUUAUUGAUGGAGGCACUUCUAUCAAUGCUCUGCAAAAAAUAAAAGGAGGGGAAAAAAGCUACAAGGAAAUGAAAGCAGAGACACGGGAAGGAGGGAAGGAGAGAGGAGGAGAUGAAAUGAGACAAAGAAAGAAAGGGAAGAAAACCAAUCAAUUGUAUCUGUACAUGCAAACAUUGCACCUGGUGCAUGGCCACACACCAGCUGUUAGAAAGCCACAGAUCACUAAAAACUGAGAGAAAGAUGGACCACUUCAUGGAUGCAUGGCUGAUUUUUGUAGGGCAGCCCAGGAGGAAUAGAAGAACCAGUCAUUAUGGCAAAUGGAGGAGGAAGCCACUGCAGGGGGAAAUUGCCACAACUACCAAUAUUCAAACUCACGCUGUCAAGAAAGCUAACGAUGAAGAAAACCAUGUAUGAGGUGAAAGACAUCGAUCAACUGGAAAAGAUGGGACAAGGGAAGGUACAUCUGGUAUGCUUACUGUGAUAUCAGUCACAGUGAGAGACAUUAGGCACGUCUCAUGAGGCAGUUCUGUCAGUGGAUGGUGCCCUGGAAGGUCAUGGUCCCUGUCAACCCAGUGACUUCAGCAGGGUCACACCCACAACUAAUCCUACCCUCAUAUUGUUAAGCAAGGUGGUUUCAAACUCCUUCUUUCAUACCACCCCAGUGAAGAAAUGGGUUGAAAGAUUUGGCUCCUUUGCAUGAGAGCUGACCCCAGCCCAUCCUCAGCACACAAACGUCUACUGUUUCUGCUUUUGCACCAGAACCAAGCCCAACAUCGCCAGCAAGUGAAGCUCUUUGGGAGGCAUAGGGGGGAAAAAAUAGCCCACAGACUGGUCAUUUGCUGAGCAGUUGCCUCUUAAGGUGAACAAACAGAUUUGGACUGCAGCAGUGGAAUUUGUUUCAUCUGGCCGUGUCAUCUAGUCUGAGCUAUUUAUCUAGUGUUCUGCUAGGAUCAAUGGCAAGAACCAAACAAGUCCAGGAGGUGAUUCAUUGUAGCCUAGGAUGGUAUCUAAACUAUGUUUGGUAAAUAACCCUCUGGGUGUACCUCUGUCUUUCCUCUGACUUUAGCUGAUGAGUUCACAGUAGACGAUGAGCUCUUAGAUGUGUACGGUCUGAUGAUGUCAAGUCCACCAUGAGUCAAGGAGGUGAAGCUACAAGCCAAUCAUCAGCUGCUACGGGCUGGAAGUUGUACUCUUUCCUUCAAAGAUGGGGUCAGGCUUGAAAGAGCUCAGUGGUGUGGGACUUCCACCCCAUUCAAGGGAUUUUUAAUGUAGCUUUAUGCACACCUGUUGGCUUUUGUAAUGUAAUUAUUCAUCCAUUGUGAUGAUACCAUUGAAGGGGUUGAGCAGCUGUUACUAAAGUCAAUGAAAAAUGUCUGUGUGAAUUCUGUUCCUGACACAAAGUGCUUCUGAGAGUCCUGGUCUUGGGUCUGACUCUGCCCACCCAUGAGGAGGGAAGAGAAAGACCCUGCUAGGAAUCUGGAAGCAUCCAGACCCCAUGGCUUUGGAGAGGGGACUUGGGCCAUCACUCCCUAAUACACAUGAACUGGGAUACAGCCAUUGUUUCAAUGACAUGGCACUCCCACAAGUAUUGAAUCUGGACAGACAUGUAGCAUGUCCAAAAUGACACAAGAUGCCUUUGUGUAGACAGUCGAUUUGUGCACUUGCUUGGAAGUGGUUUCCUGUCAUUACUGCUCUUCAGUUGGGCUGAGUAAUGCACCAGUCAAAAGGCAAAGAGAUCAUUUAAUUCCCCAGAAAUGGGAGCUGUCCAACCCAGCCUCCACGAGCCAUGGUGUCCUUCCUUUCAGCCUUCACUAUGGAUGAGGUUUGUCCUCAGGCAGGUGGUUUGUAGCAAGCCCAUGUCUGGCAGUACCAGGGAAAAGGGAGAAAUGAUCACCCAACCAAGUGACACAUGUGAAAAGUGAAAAUAAAAGAGCAACAUCAUUCCAUCCUCUCACAUGCUGCUAUCCAACUUUUCCUUUAGCUGAACACGUGGGUUUGACAGGCCCCAUCAGUUCCAGAGUUAAAGACAGAGUUACCUGCAAGGGGUGAAUUUGGCCUCAUCUUUCUUUCUAUGAAAGAAACAGACAGUUUAGGAGGGUGGUUUUUUUUCUUGCUUUGGUUUAGUUGUAGAAUUUGUGGGCUUCUCUUUCUCAGAGAAAAGGAAAACAUGGGUAAGGAAAUGCAUGACAUGUUCUAUUGCUUGACCCCUGAUGUGUCUCUUCUGGCUAAGUGUCAUGCUCAGCACUGACAGUCUUUUCCCAAAGCAUUUAGCAGUCUGCAGAACUGACUCCACUCCUUAUGAGGGGCUCCAUGUGCAGAACUAAAACAGUCAGGGUUUAAUCUCAGGAGGGGACUGCAGAGAGAACCAUCCCACAAAACAUAAGAUGGUUCAGCAGCUUCUGAGUCAGCACUGACCACACCAGCCCUGCAGACAGAAGUGCUACAGUCUCAGCUGAGCAUCGCAGCAUUUCUGCAGGAGCAAACCUCAGAGAGCAAUUUCUUCUGCCCCUCAAUCCAAAACAUUUUGGGUGCUUUCAGUGCAUUCAGAUGUAUUGCCACAGAGAUGUCCAUGGAUUAUGAGACAUUCAUCACAGGUGUUCAUAUGCUUGUCACCCAUCCCUAAAUUCAAACACUCUGAGCUUUGGGUCACUCUUUAAGCUUCAAAGAGAGGUUUCAGUCCUGAAAAUCUUGGCAACACUCUGCCAUCAGGAGCACAACCAGUGAGUGGGAUGUUUGCACAGAUCUGUCUGUUAGUUGUGUGCCCAAGGAGCUGUUUGGAUAAGAAGCUGCAGAGAGAGCUUUAGACAAUGGGAGAGAAGGUGGGCUGGGCAGAAGGAGAUCCCAUCUCUUCUUCAGAGCUCCUCCAUCAGCUGCUGCAGGGUGCAGAUACUUCCACUGGAUGGGAAAGGGAGGCUCCUGUCACUUCCAUUCUGAGAAAGGGGUGUUGAGUCCUCAUUCCUGACACCUCCAGUGUCUUCAUGAACUUGGGCAAGUCACUCUGCUCUCACUUUGCUUCAGUGUCUCAAGGUGUCUUUGGUGCAUCUCCACCUUGGAGGGGGCAGGUUUUUCUCAAGCACAGAUGAGUGGCCAGUAGUUCACUCCCAAGCAGAGAUACUUAGUGUGGGAUUGGAAAUACAAAGUGAGAUGAUUAAAUGCAGGUAUCUACAUGGGAGCCAGGUGCUUGAACUUCCAUGGUAGCCCAAUGAUGGGCUCCAUUUGCCUAAGCAUGGCACCUAGGGCUAAAAUGAAUUGCUGGAGAGAGGCAUCUAGAGCCAUUUGGGAUGCUUCAAGGUACCCCACUGAAGUGUAUCACAGAGAGAAGGUGGACCUAUCCUGGAAAAAUGAUUGUUUGAACCCACUUUACUGACUGGUAUAUAAUGGAUUUGACCCCAAGGAAGCAUCUGUGCUCUUCCAGUUUGGGAGCACAUACAGAAUAUGGACAAGUCCCACCAAGCCAUCCACACACAAAAUCCCGCUGUUACAUCAAUAUCAUCCAGAUAAAGCUCCUGAUGCACAACAGUCAGAAGAGUCUUUUCCACGUGACCAGGUCCCCUUCUCUGUAGAACUUGCUUUUCUUACACAUCUUCUGUGGCCCAAGUGAGGUCUUGGACAGCCCUAUGUGGAAGUGGAGAGCGUGGGGAAGAUGUGACGAGAUGCUUUCCUCAUUUUCCUUCCUUUUCCAAGUUUCUUCUUAUUAUUUAUUGAUAUUUAUUUAUUUCUCACCAUUCAUUCCAUGCCACUAAGAAUCCUGAAGGCAUGUCUGCUACAGACAUGGGCUAGCAAGCAGCUGAGCAUCACCCACCUUUUUGAGGGAAGGCAUCUUGUCAGAACUCUUCCCCAGCAUCCACUUGACACCUACCACUUUAAAAGCACAAAAGGCCUGAGUCUUUUCAAGGCAGGCUCCCAAAACCUCCAAAAUCCUCCUGAGUUUGAUGAAAUCCUCCCUACUGAAACACUGAUUCCCACUGGUGUGCAUUCCUCCAGACCUGGUUGCCCCACUGCCCACCUGCCCCUGAACGAGCACGGCUCAGCUUUACACCUCUUUAUCUCAGCGGAGAUCCAUUCUUCUAUCUCUUAUGGCAUCACUUUCUGACAUUCCCAGGACAAAACUUGCCCAAACAAGACUUGUCGCAGCUUUGGACUGUUUGACAAGCCCACCAGCAGCGUGGAAGACAUAAAACACAGACCUGUAGCACCCCAGGGGAUAUGCCCAUGGUACAAAACAUGCUUGUCCAGCACUCAAGGACAAGUAUCUUCUUGUGGGUGGGGGGUUUUUUUCCCCACUAUUGCUUUCCCUUCCCACAGACUGUCUGCCUUAUUACAUCACCUUCUUCAAAGCUACAUCACUGUCUGUAACCUUUCUUCCCUCACCCCACCUGAGCACCCCUUUGUACAGAUUGCAUGUAUGAUACAACCUGAAAUUCCAAAGCUAUUGUACAAAGUAGGAUUUGUCACCUUCCUUUCCCCUCCCCUCAGUAUUUUGUUAAGUCUGAUGAUUUUUUUAUGAUUAUUUAUUUUAUGAAUAAAUGUAUAUAUUAGUAAGAGUAUAUAUUUGCAGAAAUAACUCAUUGGGACAGUGUUGUUGCUCUGCUGCUGUGCUUGUGACCUCAUUGGCUUUUUACUCUGUUUUCUACUGACAGCACACUAGCGAUGUCUUGUAACUGUGGUGUGUUUUUUUUGUUGUUACCAGUUAAGUUUGAUAGAUGUGUUAACUUUAUAAUGAAGAUUAAAAAAGAAAAAG